UGAGGGGUGAGAGUGCGCGCUUUCCCGGCAGCCCUCGCUCCCGCUCGUUGGUUGGCGCGUGGUUCUUGUCUCCAGCGAGUGAGCGACUGAAGAGGCGCCGCCGCCGCCGCCAUUAUCAUCAUGAGUUUACCUUUGAAUCCAAAGCCCUUCCUCAACGGGUUGACUGGCAAACCGGUGAUGGUGAAGCUGAAGUGGGGCAUGGAGUACAAGGGCUACCUGGUGUCAGUUGACGGAUACAUGAACAUGCAGCUGGCCAAUACAGAAGAAUAUAUCGAUGGAGCUCUAGCGGGUCAUCUUGGAGAAGUACUUAUAAGGUGUAACAAUGUAUUGUACAUCAGAGGAGUUGAAGAGGAAGAAGAAGAUGGAGAAAUGAGAGAGUGAUUUUCUUUAUUUUUUUUAAAAUAACUAUGUGUACAUCUUUUGAAUGUUUUUUUUAUAUUGAGCGAUAAAAAAAUUCAAUUUGCAGUGCCCCUUAGUAUGUCUGUUAUUAUGAUGCAAAAUGUAUUUUCCUCAAUUAUACGGGGCAAACUAAUUUAAUUGUAUGUGCGUGUCUCUUUUUGGAUUCCAUGUUAAAACAUGAAUGCUGGUGGGCAUUGAACCAAUAAAGAAAAAAUUCUUUAUCUUUGCAA